UAUACCACACAUGAAUUUGGUUGCUUUUAUUCUCAGCCUCUGGUUCCUCUGUUGUCUCUGUUUCUCAUUGCUGCAGUUAACGUUUGUAAAAUGUCAGGCCUAAGAGCUCCAUCUAAUUAUACUGAGGAACCACCACGUCAUCCAAGUCUCAUUGUAAAUUCCCAGGAACCUUUCAACGCAGAACCACCACGUUCAGCCUUAAUCGCAUCCUAUGUGACGCCAGUAGAUUUGUUCUACAAGCGAAACCAUGGCCCAAUCCCUGUCAUUGAUGACAUUGAAAGAUAUCGAGUGUCUAUACGUGGUUUGGUGGAAAAGCCCCUGGAACUAUCAAUGGCUGAUAUUAGGAAGCUACGAAGGCACAUUGUGACGGCCACUUUACAAUGUGCAGGUAAUAGAAGGACUGCAAUGAGCAAAGUAAAAGCAGUGAAAGGUGUUGGCUGGGAUGUUUCUGCCAUUGGAAAUGCUAUUUGGGGUGGGGCCAAACUUGCUGAUGUUCUUGAACUUGUGGGGAUCUCUAAGUUAACAUCAGUGUCCCCAUUAGGAGGAAAGCAUGUUGAGUUCGUAAGUGUUGACAUGUGCAAGGAGGAAAAAGGAGGACCGUACAAGGGAUCAAUUCCGUUAAUUCAGGCAACAAACUCAGAUGCUGAGGUUUUACUUGCAUAUGAGAUGAAUGGAGAGCCUCUAAACAGGGAUCACGGGUAUCCUCUUCGCGUAAUUGUUCCUGGUGUUAUAGGUGCUCGUUCUGUUAAAUGGCUGAGUUCCAUCAAUAUAAUUGAAAAUGAGUGUCAGGGAUUCUUUAUGCAAAGGGACUACAAAAUGUUUCCUCCUACUGUGAACUGGGAAAAUAUUGAUUGGUCAACCCGGAGGCCUCAAAUGGAUUUUCCUGUUCAGUCUGUUAUUUGUUCUUUGGAGGAAGAAAAUACAGUGAAGCCUGGAAAGAUAGUAGUUCAUGGAUAUGCAGCAUCUGGAGGUGGGCGGGGGAUCGAAAGAGUAGAUGUAUCUUUUGAUGGUGGCAAGACAUGGGUGGAAGCAAUCAGAUACCAAAAGAGUGGAAUUCCAUAUGUUGCAGAUGAUACAAGUAGUGACAAGUGGGCAUGGGUGCUAUUUAAGGCUGAGGCAGAUGUCUCUCACACUACUGAAAUUUUCACUAAAGCUGUUGAUAUAUCUGCGAACGUCCAACCCGAAAAUGUGGAGGUCAUCUGGAACCUGAGAGGAAUUCUCAACACUUCCUGGCACAGGGUCCAUAUUCACGUCCAACACCCUGAUUUGUGAUUCCAUAUGCGCAUCACGCAUUCUUUGAGGGUUGUUUGGUGUCAUCUAACCAAAGCCAAGGCAACCACUUCCACUGUGUGUGCAAUUGAAGCACCAGGAAAGCCUUCCACAAACAGGGGCAACUUAAAGUCCGCCUCGCUGCUUCGUUACUACUCCGACGUGUUUGUGCAUAGUGAUGCAAAAAUUCUUUGUAAGGAUAUGUAAGAUUCAGACUGAUGUAUCAAUCAGAGUGUUGUCUAGAAUAAGCAAUUCGAGUUUGUAUAGAAAAUUUUCUAUCUGCCACCAUAUGCUGCUGGCCACAGCUAUACAUAAACAUCAAUUUGAAUAACCUAAUUAGCAGCCACAUUCUUGGGAAGGGGCUAUCAAUUGGAUUAGCCUUAGUGACUAUACAAGCUUAAAUUCUUUUACAUGGGCAACCUCAAAAUAUCCUAAUGUAAUUACAAUGAAAACGAGAAACCACCAAAUUCCAAUGUGAAAAGCCGUAUGGUAUUGCAUUAUUAAGAACUCAGGAAUUGUAGGACAAAUGGGUAAUCGGAUCAUCAUCACAAGAAAUUACCCCUUACAGUAUGUCAUUUGAUACGACACUGAACAAGGGGAAAACUAUACUCAAUUGACACUAAAAAAGUGAGAGAGUCAAAGAAUAGACAAGCCGUAAGCUGCAAAAAGCGCUAUUGAACCUCUAAAACAUUACCCUGCAAAAUCUGGGUGUUGUGAUACCUAUGGUAUUUCUUUACCCCUUAAGGGUUGUCACUAUGAUGGGAAAAAAAAAGAUCA